AUGGCCACUAUAUCAAACCGGAAACUUCAGAAGAUAAUUACUCUUCCUAUCAACCAAGUAUUCAGGUACUUCACUGCCAAGGAACCUGUAGAGAUAUGGUUGUUAGACAAGAAUAACACCCGAAUUGCUGGGACACUUCGAGGAUUCGAUGAGUACAUGAACUUGGUUCUUGAGGGAGCAGAGGAGUUACACUUUAAUAAGGAAACACAAGAGUUCGACAAGACCGUACCUCUAGGGGAAGUAAUGUUGAAAGGAGAAAACAUCGUUCUCAUCGGACCUCGGGCACCCCCCACCCCUCCACCAGCCACCGUCUCUGCUGCCCCUGUGCCACCACCUCAAAACCUUUAA